AUGCUGCGAAUUACUCGCCAUGUGUAUCACACUGGCUCACGCCAUACAUUGCAACGUCGUCUUAACUAUGGUACAUCAGCUCAAAACUCUGUUGGUCAGGAGAAUUCGAGCUUCAUUACGUUGCUGGGAUUGGCAGGAGUCAUCACAAGUGUCACGUACGUGUACUAUGAUCCGGAUGUGCUACCGUCAAGUGUGAAGAAGUGGCUGCUGAUCCAGGAGCCGGAAGGCCGCGGUAUGAGUGUAGAGGAAUACGAACAGUGGCGUGCAAAGCAGUCGGGAUUUCCGACAGUUGUCACGUCGAAGAAAGAAGAGGAAAAGGCCAAGCACGUGCAUUUAAAAGAGAUGAACGUAGAGCCACCAAACAUGAACGGUGAUACUCCUAUUCCGCAUGGCGACGAGUCGCCGGAGGAAAUGAAAGCGUCACUGGAGAAGCUACUAGCUGAAGCGAGAGAAAAUGAGGCUGCUUUUAUUGCCGACAUCAAAUCGAACAGGGUCCCAGUGUCCGCAGAAGAUCGCCAGAUGUUGCAAGCGUUUAAGGAUGAAAAGCUACGAUUGAAAAAGCAGCUUAAGUUUCUGAAGUCCAACAAAUAA